AUGCUCGCGAAGCUCGGUCUUGCAGGGCUUUGCUCGCAGGACCCCAGUGCACUUUGUAAGCAGAAGGCUACGGCUAGCCAUGGUUCUGAGUGGCGAGGACGAGCAGAUCGUGGCGAGCUUUCUUGCGAAAGCAGCAAGGAGAGCAUUCAGGCUCUUCACGAGUUCUUAGUCCAAAAGGGACAUGCUUGGAAGAUGAAGCUCAGUUGUGCCCUCAUCGGAGUGCAUCCAGGCAACAGGGACGGAAUCGGCUGCAGUGUUGCCCAUGUGGCAGAGCUCAUCACCGACAUCCAUUCCAUCGGAUUUGUUGCUGCAGAAUCCAAGGGGGUCUGCGUAGAGGUUCCUGCAGAUGGUCGUGGAGACCACAUUCGGCAGUUCAACCUGCAACUUGCCUCAGAGGCCUUCGGGAAGUUGGCUCCGGUCGACUGUGCCAGCUUGAAAUAUGCAAGCAUCAUAGGCAGUCAUGCAAACCAAGCCAACCGAUGCUUCAAAGCUGGUGUGGCACACGAGGACCCGAAGGUGACGGUUGAUGGCUUCUUGUCAUUGACGAAGUUGGCACAAGUCGACCCUAGCUGGCAUGCUGCCAUCCAGGAUGGGCUGGAAGGGCUGGUCAUCAGCCACGACGUCACAGAGAGUCAUCCUGACUAUGUUCGCCUUGCACAGGCGGCCGGCAACGCCUCCGGUCAAAUCGCUUCGGUUGAGCAUGAGCUCCAGCUCGCACGCAAGGUCACUGUGGCCAUAGAUGGGCUGUUGAAACGAAGUGGGAAGACCACGGUUGUCUACAACGAUGUGGCACCUGACAUUCUCAGGUCCAGACCACCAAGUGCUUCAGCUCUUCCUGGAAUAUUCAUGUUCGUGUUGAAAUGCGGAGGGGGGCUUGGUGCCGACUCCUUCUUUGGGAGGUCGGAGCGACACAUUCGGGCUCACGGACAACCCAAAAGAGCUCUCGGUCCUGAAGUGUGGCAGGCAUUGGCUAUGGAGGUGAAAGGGAAGUGCCAAUAUGUGCCAUGGAGGCACAUGCUCCUCAAGCUAGGCUUCACCGGCCCCGAGCGAACCUUGACAAGCUCGGACGUCAAGAAAGCCUUGCAAAGCAAUGUGCUUGCCAAGGCUGCCGAAGCCGAAAAGAUGGCCAGUGAGAUGCAGCGCAUUCUUUCCUCGGCCACUCACCUCACCCCAGAGGUGGCAGCAGCCACACUUGCAGAAGUGGAGAUUGAGUUCGCAGCUGUGCUGUUGCAGAAGAGGAAGGUCAGCCAGAGGACCAGUUUGGAGAGUGUCUGUAACGAUUGUCUUCAGGGACUUGGCAUGUCGUCUCCCUGGGCCCAUGUGCUGCAGUCAUCGUCCUCCACCCAGGCCCCAGCACAAACAUCUCCUUCCAAGGACAGUGAAGCAGGUAUGGCUCUUCGACUCUUCGACAACUCCGGCAAGCUCCUGAACGAUGCAAGGCUUGUUGAGAUGGGGUUUGAGGUUGGUAACCUUGUCAUGAGGAAGGCGGACGAGGUGGUUGGGACCAUCAAGAGCAUGACAGCCGAGCAUGUGGAUUUGGUCUUGCAGGAUUCCAGCGCGUGCCGGGUUUCGUCGCAGUCUUUCAUUGAGGGGAAAUGGAAGAAGCAUGUCCCCAAGCAAUCGCCUGUGCCUUUGGUUGAUUGGUGGCAAUCCUCACCUGCUCAUGCCCCCGACUUUUUUCUAGCCACUUUGAAGGGCGAGGUGAUGCAGGCCAUGUGGGAACAGUACCAUGCCUUCAAGCACGACAAAUCCUUGCAGGUGAUCUUGAAACCCUCCAAGGAUGUGCAGGCACUUGAGAGCUUUCCCCCUGGUGCCUUGCGACUCCCAGUGGCCACCACUCGGCUGGAUGUUCGGCCAUCCAGCCAAGCUCCUUUGCAAGGGUCGGUCAUGAUAGGCUCCAUCAAAGGAAUCUUUCCAGAAGAGAUGUCCUUCUUCCUCACGCCUGCCAUGCAAAUCCCGAAAGAUUCCAAUCCUGGCUUCAUCAGCCCAGCCUGGGCUUGCAAGGUUUCGCCCGACAAGGAAGACUCCAACCUGGAACUGUCAGGCCCAGGGGAAUGGAGCAAACAGAAGUUGUGCAUCGGUAUGACCAAGCUUCAGCUUCCCGUCGUGAAAAACUUCAAGAAAAUCAAUGCUGGUGACAGCUUGGUGUUCUUUCGGCCAGAGUACCAGAAAGCAUCGGAGCCGGUCGAGCCCCUGGUGCCGAUCAGCAAGAGACAGUCUGCAGGGCUGCAGAGCUCGCAGACUUGUACAGCAGGGCCGGGCUCGCUGUACUCUCUACACCAGCAGAUGGCCAAAGAGUUAGUUGCUGCAGGCGAGGAUGAAGAGCAGGAGGAAAUCUCCAUUUACAAAGCCACCUGCGUCAAAGGUCCUGGGCUGAGGACUGCUUGGAUGCCGGCUGUGCAGACAGUCGGUGGGGUAGAGUACAUAAAACUGUCCAAGUGGGACAGGUAUCUGACGUUGCUGUGCACACAGAAACCGAUGAAUCUCCACCGGGAGGGAAAGAAGCCAGUGCACAACAUCAAUGUUGUCUUUUUCGCAGAGUUGGCCAAGCUUCGUCUGGAGGCAUGCAAUGCUGCAGUUCGCAGAGUCAUGGAGGAGGCGGCCGAAGCGGAGGGGAAGCCACCGCCCACGAAAGUGCGAGCAGCAACGCAGGAAGACGAGUACCUGAUCGGCCGUUUCGUUGUUGUGGACGUGCCGCCUGUGUACAAGGGCGAGGACAUGAUCCAGGAAGGCAGGCAACUGCGCGUACUGUGGGCUGUUCGUGGGGAAGUGUGGAUCAAGUUGUCCCAAGCCAAUCUCCAAUAUGUGAGGCAUGCAAUUCAAGAGUCCCCAGCAUAUGUGCAGCCAGCUUCUAAAAGGAAGUCCAAAGGCAGCCCUCAAGGCAGCCCCAAGCGACACAAGAAGCGAGGCAGAAAGCCCCAUUCUAGGAGCAACCUGCUCGAGCCUGAUCCAGCAGAGGCUGCGAUUGCUCCACAAGCUGAGCAUGGCGAGGAAGACUAG